CACUCUCUCGGAACAAUACAUCAGCAAACACUCGGCGACACAACAACAACAAGCAGCGCUCCACUAGCAAUCAUCUUUGCUUGUUGCAGCGUCUGUAGCUUUUUUUUCUGUCCUUCCGUCCGCGGCUGAUUGAACAAUGGCGACUGUGAUGGCCAUGAGCUCCUUCGCCUGCGCGGCCGUCCUGCCGCGCGGCUCGGCCAGCCGCUUCGGCGCCAGGUCUCUGCCAGCGCCGGGCCGCCGCGCCCUCGUCGUCAGGGCACAGACCGAGGGCCCGAGCGCACCGCCGCCAAACAAACCCAAGGCAAGCACCUCCAUCUGGGACGCGCUGGCGUUCAGCGGCCCCGCGCCGGAGCGCAUAAAUGGGCGACUCGCCAUGGUGGGCUUCGUGACGGCGCUUGCGGUGGAGGCGGGCCGCGGCGACGGGCUCCUUUCCCAGCUCGGCAGCGGCACCGGGCAGGCGUGGUUCGCCUACACCGUGGCGGUGCUGUCCGUGGCGUCGCUGGUGCCGUUGCUCCAGGGCGAGAGCGCCGAGGGCAGGGCCGGCGCCAUCAUGAACGCCAACGCAGAGCUCUGGAACGGCCGCUUCGCCAUGCUCGGCCUCGUCGCUCUGGCGGCCACGGAGAUCAUCACUGGCACGCCCUUCAUCAACGUGUAAAGCUGAAUCUGUUGCCGACCGGAUAACACACCCUGUGCUUAGCUAGUAGGACAUCCCCUACUACAUGUACUUAGCUAGUAGUAGGACAUGUAAAUGAUCAUCCUCGUAUUCUUUGUAGCACUGCUAAUUAAAGACGGUUCAUCUUUCUUUCUCUCACUCGUA